CAACUACUUCCUUUGUUUUGGUAAUGGCGCAGUUUUAUGAAUUGUUUGGACAUGUUUUGAAUUAAUCAUCCAUUCUCAUCUCUUGUUGACUAAUUAUUCAUUUCAAAUUCUGCACAAGAUAUUUGAAAUGCCGCUUGGAAUUGACAGAAGCCAUUUUCUCUCUGACAAGGUCAGAGAAUGUGAAAGACAACUGAGGAAUAAGGAUGAGAGAAUAGCUGGCUUAGAGACAGAGAAUGGAAUGUUAUACUUGAAAUUAGCACAGUUAAGGAGUGAAUUACAGAGUUCCAGAGAAGAAUUGUCAACAGUCAAACAUAAAUACAGUGAAGAAAAGAUGUUUAGGAGUCAGGUGUCAUCGAAAGCUCAGAAAUUCAAACAUGAAAUUGAUCAUUUACGAAAAGAUUUAUCAACUGUCCAAUCAGUUGCAGCUGAACUACCACAACAAUUUGAACAUCAUUUACUUCAAGCUAGUUCCCUAGUUCAACAUCAUAAAACAUUACAUCAGUCACAAUCAUCUAGUCUAACAGUAUUACAAAAUGAAAUGUCACAGUUACAAACAGCACUAAAAGAUAUCACAGAUCGACAUAAUAAAGAAAAGAAGAGAAGACAAGGUCUUCAUAAUCUGUUAAUGGAAUUAAGAGGUAAUAUAAGAGUUCACUGUAGAUUACGACCAUUGAUGGAAUUUGAUUGUGGCACUGAAGACCUGGCUACUCUUGGAAAACCUGGAUCUAAAUCAGAAGUUGUAGCCCAUUGUUACGAUGAUGAGAAUAUUUGUGUUAAAACAAGUAAACAUAACAAAGUUUUUGAGUAUGAAAGAGUAUUUAACCCUACAGAAGAUCAACCAGUGGUAUUUGAUGAAGUUCAACCUAUGUUAACAUCUUUAUUAGAUGGGUAUAAUGUAUGUAUAAUGGCAUAUGGUCAAACAGGUAGUGGUAAAACACAUACUAUGUUAGGUAGUCAUAACAAUGAUGAUUAUAAUCCAUGUGAAACAAUGCAUCCAGAUGAAGGUGUAAUACCUAGAGCUACACGCGAACUAUUCAGAUUAAUAGAAGAGAAACCAGUUGGUAGUCAUACUAUAGAAGUAUCAGUUGUAGAGAUAUAUAAUAAUGAUAUUAAAGAUUUAUUAAGUAAAUCAUCUACUACUAAACACGAGUUAGUUACUGGUUCAGAUGGUUUACUUAAUUUACCUACUAUUACAUCAAAACCAGUAUCUACAGUAUAUGAUGUUAUGAGCCUGGUACAACGUGGACUAAGAACAAGAAGUGAAUCAGCUACACUUGUUCAUGAUCAUUCCAGUCGUUCACAUCUUAUUGUUACGUUAACAGUUACCUCUGUUGCACCUUCAUUCUUCACUGUUUCAAAAACAGACAAUGAUAAUUUGCAAUCAGUGAAAAAGACAGGUGGUAGACCUCAAUCUCAACCCAAUCUAUGGUCAGGUGAUCAGUCAACCAAUCAGACAGCUGUUAUAAAAACUAAAUUACAGCUUGUAGAUUUAGCUGGUAGUGAAUGUGUUGGUAUGUCUGGUGUUAAAGGAGCUGCAUUAAGAGAAGCUUCACAUAUCAAUAAAAGUUUGUCAGCUUUAGCUGAUGUAUUAGGAGCUUUGGCUGAACACAGAACACAUAUACCUUACAGAAACAGUAGAUUAACACACUUCUUACAAGAUUCUAUAGGUGGUGAUUCCAAGUUAUUAGUAUUAUUAUGUGUGUCUCCGGCAGCUAGAUAUACAUCAGAAUCUUUACAAUGUCUUGGCUUUGGUCAAAGGGCAAGACAAGUUCAAAGAGGUCCAGCUAAACGACGCUUACCAACAUACGAUCAAAAUUCGCCUCGUCCAAAAUCUGCUACAGCAAUUUCUUCUUCUAAAAUAUAAUGCUUUCAUUUACAAAACAGUGUAUAUGCUAAAUGCCCCCCAUUUUGUUGAAUAACUGCCAGCAUUUAAUGAAACCAGUGCUUAAUAAAACCCUUGGUCCGUCAGUAAAUUAAAGUCACUGAUCGUCAUUUGGUUGAUUUUGAAUCUUUUCUAAACUACAAUAGUGUGAAAGUGGAAUGUCUAAUAUCAAUUCCUUUCCUUAUUUACAAAGAUAUGAUGAAUUGAGAGUCUCUCAAGUUUCAGCCUCCUCUGCAGAUGAUAUAAAAAACCAGCGCAACAUGUUAGGCAAAAUCUUUUGAUGGGCCUUUUUUAAUCUAAUCCUGCAGAUUAACUACCAUUGAUAUUGGGUUUUGCUUUCUUAAUUAAAUUGAAGCAUUGAUUCAGAUAUUGUCCCCCAAAAAUGCAAAUGACAAUCAACAGCUGUAAUGAACCAAUGCUAAAUAAAAACCUUGAUCCCUGUCUGUAGAUGUAGGUUGUUUUUUUUUCCAAAGAAUUGCCUGUCCCACAUACAUUGUAUUCUUGUUUUAUUGAACUAUGAUAUAAACUUUUGUUAUGUAGCAAGAAUCUUUAAUCCAUUGUAUAUAUAAACUAAUGUCCACAAUUUAAUCUUUGUUUUCUGUGAUAAAAAUUAUUUAU